CGGAGCCCGGAGCCCGGGCUGCAGCCGGGAGCGGGGAGUCUCCGGCCGGGCCCUUCCCGCUGCUCCCCGGGAGCCGCCCCCAGGCAGAGCCCCCGACCCGGCCCCGCUCGGGGGGAAGGUUGCAGAAUAAUGACCCCAGAUCACUCCAGAUCGUCCCAUUUUCCUAGGGGCUGGGGCAGGGAAAUGGCUGUGGUGGAUCCAACUCAGAUGCCAGUGAGCUUCGAGGAGGUGGCUGUGUAUUUCACCGCGGGACAGGGGGCUCUGCUGGACCCCACUCAGAGAGCCCUCUACAGAGACGUCAUGCAGGAGAACUAUGAGACUGUGACCUCGCUGGGACUCCGCGUUCCCAAACCUGCCCUGAUCGCCCGGCUGGAAGCAGGGGAAGAGCCGUGGGUCCCGGAUCUCCAGGACUACAAGGAAAGGAAGAUCCCAAGAGGCCCCUGCACAGCAGGUGAUGAGACAAUGAAUGAGAACGAGAAGGGGAAUCCACAGCAGGAAGGUCCUGACCAAGUGGAACUGCAGGGGAGGUUUUUGAGAAGAGCUGAAGGGAAUUUUUCCCAGUACUGGGAACAGAGAAAAGCCUGUAGUAAUCGGCACAGGUCAGAGAGGAAGUUGGGAAACCGCCAAAGGAAGAAAGUGAAGGAAGUAAUUGAAUGUGGGGGAGGAGGCAAGGAUCCCCAGGAAACCACAGCCCAGCAGACAAAUCCCAAGGAAAAUAAACCAUAUAAAUGCUUGGAAUGUGGGAAGAGCUUCAGUCGGCGCUCAGAUCUUAUUAAACAUGGUAGAAUCCAUUUUGGAGAGAGACCCUAUAAAUGCUUGGACUGUGGGAAAAGCUUCAAUCAGAGUUCAAAUCUUACUACCCAUCAGAGAGUGCACAUAGGAGAGAGACCCUAUAAAUGUUUCGAGUGUGGGAAAAGUUUCGGUGUACUAUCAACCCUUAUUAUACAUCAGAGAACUCACACAGGAGAGAAACCUUAUGAAUGUUUGGACUGUGGGAAAAGCUUCUAUUGGAGCUCAAAUCUUACUGCCCAUCAGAGAGUGCAUACAGGAGAGGGACCACAUAAAUGUCUUGAGUGUGGGAAAAGCUUCAGUGCACCAUCAGUUCUCCUUAUACACCAGAGAACCCACACGGGAGAGAAACCUUAUAAAUGCUUGGAGUGUGGGAAAAGCUUCAGUCAGAGCUCAGGCCUUAUUAGCCAUGGGAGAACCCACACAGGGGAGAGACCGUAUAAAUGCUUGGACUGUGGGAAAAGCUUCAGUCGCCGCUCAGACCUUAGUAACCAUGGGAGAAUCCACACAGGAGAGAGACCAUAUAAAUGCUUGGACUGUGGGAAAAGCUUCAGUCAGAGCUCAGGCCUUAUUAACCAUAGCAGAAUCCACAUGGGAGAGAGACCCUAUACAUGCUUGGACUGUGGGAAAUGCUUUUAUGGGAGCUCAAAUCUUACUGCCCAUCAGAGAGUGCACAUAGGAGAGGGACCAUAUAAAUGUCUUGAGUGUGGGAAAAGCUUCAGUGCACCAUCCGUCCUCCUUAUACACCAGAGAACCCAUACGGGAGAGAAACCUUAUAAAUGUUUGGAGUGUGGGAAAAGCUUCAGUCAGAGCUCAGGCCUUAUUAGCCAUGAAAGAAUCCAUACAGGGGAGAGACCAUAUGAAUGCUUGGACUGUGGGAAAAGCUUCAGUCACCGCUCAGGCCUUAGUAACCAUGGGAGAAUCCACACAGGAGAGAGACCAUAUAAAUGCUUGGACUGUGGGAAAAGCUUCAGUCGCCGCUCAGACCUUAGUAACCAUGGGAGAAUCCACACAGGAGAGAAACCCUAUAAAUGUUUGAUCUGUGGGAAAAGCUUCAAUCGGAGCUCAAAUCUUCAUACCCAUUGGAGAGUGCACACAGGAGAGAGUGGGAAAAGUUUCAGUGAGAGCUCAAAGCAUCAGGAGAACAUUCAUGCCUUACAGUAGUUGGAGCUGGUCCCAAGCCGGUUUUCACUGACCAGAUAGCAAAAGCACGGGUCUGACAACCACCAAUCAAGUGUUAACACUGCAAGGACCUUUGUCUGAAUGUGUAUAAAGGAUCUGUAAAAUGUGUGUAAGACGGAGUUUUUGUACUAAAGUGCAAAGCUCUCCUUUCUUCUGCAGAAUAAAGCGACUCUUCCUUA